GAACCCGGUUGCAGUGACUGGAGUUUGUGACUGAGCGUUGGGCACCCUGAAGUUUCCUCUUCCCGCUUCAGGGCCGCACAUAUCCAGAGGCCCAGAAUGGCUGCGAGUUAAGCGUAUGAACCCCGAGUGAAGGCCCCCAACAAAAAAGACGCAGUUUUCAGAAGAAUAAUUUGCAAAUCCCAGAACCACAUCUUAACCAGAGCUCCCUCCCAAGGAAACUGCCGUGAACUCGGAGACAGAUUCCGGUUAAGGCCUUUGUAUUCUGGCCUUUCUUUCAUACUGGGAAGGGUCAGCUUUCUCCCAGGAUCCUUGUUUGUUCCCUCGGGUUCUGUGUGUUGGAUGGUGGGAGCAAGUGCGGGAGCGGGGUGUGUGUCCGGAGUUAGCCAGGCCGGGCUGAGCUCCAAAAAAGGGAUCAAGAUCUCAAGAUUCCUGUCUCCUUCCCCAAUCCUGCUGAUCUUUGGGAAGGAGAGAAAGGAAGAAAUUAACUAGUGACUAGAUAGAUAGAUACACAGAUAGAUGUGUUUGUGUUUCCUCUUUGUUCCAUGACAUGUAAUUUUAAUUUUUCCGGGCAUGGGAACAUUUGCUUCUCCUGGGAAAGUGAAAAUCACUUCAGAUUGAGAAGAGAAAGCAGCCUUGCCAUUAAUCAGGCAGUGAGAGAAGAGACCGAGAAAACCAGCUGCAAAGUUAAUAGAAAAUAUUAUUUCUCCCCAAUUCAUGCAGCAAUUGUAUAAUGCCAUAACGUCUUCUUUGAGAGAUUGCAGCUUUUUACCAAUGGCCAGGCCCACUUUGCUAUUUUUAUUUAUUACUGGGGAUGCCCAAUUGCUAGGCAACCCUCCUUUCAUGGUAGCACUCAGUCUCCGAUUAAUCCCCGGCUCACCAGAUCUCAUCUCAGAAACAGCAACCAUUCCAGAAUUUUUCCCCGCUUGCCUAGAUCUUCAAAAUCUUUCAGUUGGAACUCAACCCUUUACAAAAGAGCUCCCCCCACCCAUCGCAUUCCAAGCAUUCAUGUGGAAUUUCGUCUCGCUCGAGUCAAAAAAUUGAUUUUGUCCGACUAUACAGGCUUGUUCCAGAUUUGGCUUAUCUGGACUAGAGUUCUCCAACAGAGAAAUCUUGAAAAGGACUGACCAGUUCUUGUGUUUUGAAACCAUGGCCCAUGGUUCAGUGACAUUCAGGGAUGUGGCCAUAGACUUCUCACAGGAGGAAUGGGAAUUCCUGGACUCAGCUCAGAGGGACUUAUAUAGGGAUGUGAUGUGGGAGAAUUAUAACAACUUCAUCUCACUGGCAGGACCUUCCAUUUCUAAGCCAGAUGUGAUUACCCUAUUGGAUGAAGGGAAGGAGCCCUGGAUGGUUGUGAGGGAAGGGACAAGAAGACAAUACCCUGAUUUGGAGUCCAGAUACAGAACCAAUAUGUUAUCUCCAGAAAAGGACAUUUAUGAAAUAUAUUCAUUCCAGUGGGAGAUAAUGGAAAGAAUUAAGAGCUAUAGUUUUGAGGACUCCAUGUUUAGACAUGAUUGGGAAUGCAAAAACAAGAUUGAGGGGCAAAAGGAACCACUAGAGGGAUAUUUUGGGCAAGUGAAAAUUACUUCUGAAAAAAUAGCCACAUACAAAAAGCAUAAUUUUCUUGCUGAAUAUCAGAGAGUGCAUAAUGGAGAAAAGUUAUAUGAAUGUAAGGAAUGUAGGAAGACCUUUAUUCGUCGCUCAACACUUAGUCAACACCUGAGAAUUCAUACUGGUGAGAAACCUUAUAAAUGUAAGGAAUGUGGGCAGGCAUUUAGACAGCGUGCACACCUUAUUCGACAUCACAAACUUCAUACUGGUGAGAAACCCUAUGAAUGUAAAGAAUGUGGGAAGGCCUUUACAGUGCUACAAGAACUAACUCAACAUCAGAGACUUCAUACUGGUGAAAAGCCCUAUGAAUGUAAGGAAUGUGGAAAGGCCUUUAGAGUACAUCAACAACUUGCUCGACAUCAGAGAAUUCACACUGGUGAGAAACCCUAUGAAUGUAAAGCAUGUGGGAAGACCUUUAGGCAGUGUACACACCUAACUCGACAUCAGAGACUUCAUACUGCUGAGAAGCUCUAUGAAUGUAAGGAAUGUGGAAAAUCCUUUGUAUGUGGUCCAGACCUCAGAGUGCACCAGAAAAUUCAUUUUGGAGAGAAACCCUAUGAAUGUAAGGAAUGUGGAAAGGCUUUUAGAAUAUACCAACAACUUACUGUCCAUCAGAGUAUUCAUACUGGUGAGAAGCCCUAUGAAUGUAAAGAAUGUGGGAAGACUUUUAGAUUAAGGCAACAACUUGUUCGCCAUCAGAGAAUUCAUACUCGUGAGAAGCCCUAUGAAUGUAUGGAAUGUUGGAAGACUUUUAGUAGUUACUCACAGCUUAUUUCACAUCAGAGCAUUCAUAUUGGGGAGAGACCUUAUGAAUGUGAAGAAUGUGGGAAAGCCUUUAGAUUGCUCUCACAACUUACUCAACAUCAGAGUAUUCAUACUGGUGAGAAACCUUAUGAAUGUAAAGAAUGUAGAAAGCCUUUUAGACUGCUCUCACAACUUACCCAGCACCAGAGUAUUCAUACUGGUGAGAAACCUUAUGAGUGUAAGGAUUGUGGUAAGGCUUUUAGACUUUAUUCUUUUCUUACUCAACACCAGAGAAUCCAUACUGGUGAGAAACCUUACAAAUGUAAGGAAUGUAAGAAGGCAUUUAGACAACAUUCACACCUUACUCAGCAUCAGAAAAUUCAUAAUGGAAUUUAAUACAAGAAAACUUUUAUGUUACAGAACAAAUUCAUUUUUGAGAGAAUAUUUCAUGCUCACAACUAAGCAUAAAUUUUUAUAUUACUGCUACUGCAGUCACUGAGGUCCUCAGUUUCUAUCUGGAUGUUGGCUGAAGGCUGACCUCAGUUCCUUGCCACAUGGGCUUCUUCAGCAUGGCUGCUUGCUUCAUCAAAGUGUGCAAGCCAAGAAGCCAGUAGAAUCUGCUGACAUCAUAGGAGUUAUCAUCUUGUGUAAUCUAAUCACCAAAGUAAAUUUCAUUUAGUACCAUCUCAUCACCUUUUCUGUCUUCUACUCGUUAGAAGCAAGUUACUGGGCCAUCCUAUACUCAAGGGAAUAUGAUUAUACAAGAAUGUGGAUAUCAGGAGGCAAGAAUCAUUGAAGGCCAAUUAGAGUCAGCUUGCCAAGCUGUAUAAUAGGAUUGUUUUAAGGAUUAAGUAGUUAAGACCUGGAGAAAUGCCACAUAGCAUGUCUUCUGUAUAUAUUAUCUAUAAUUAUUAUCAUUAGCAUUAGUGAACUCAUAUGAAUGGAUAUCCUAUAGAAUACAUGUAGAAAUGCCUCUUGUCACUACUUAGUACUUAACAAGAUAAUUUAUGCUGAAUAAAAUCUAGGAGGUUACAUGAGAGGCUGUUCAUCAUGAGCUGCAUCAGUGAUGGUUAAGAGUGCAAUUGUUGAGGAAUCAAAGUGAAAUUAUUUUCUCAUAAUAAAUUUCCAAAAAUAAAUGUUUUACAAUUCCUAUUGUUUGACCACUGUUCAAGAUGAAUUAGAAACUAUCAAAAAGAUAGCAAAAGGGAAAUGAGUCACUUGGAAAUAUAGUGUGUGUGUGUGUGUGUGUGUGUGUGUGUGUGUGUGCAUAAAACCCUUGUAUAAAAAAUUUCCAUUAUAGUCACUAUACUUUUUUAAGUUAAAGUAUCAUUCAUAUACAAUUUCUUGUUGGUUGCAAUUAUACAACAUAGUGUUUCAACAGUUACUAAUAUUAUUAAGUCCUCACACCCUCUAGUGCAGUCACUAUCAACAUAGUAAGAUGUUACAGGAUCAUUAACUGUAUUUGUUCUGUAUUCCUGUCCCUGUGACCAACUUACAUUGUGAUUGUGAAUUGUAUAGUUGAUACAUUUUUUGAUGCUUAAAUUAUCCCAUCUCCAACCAGUGGGAAUUGGGUUUUUUGACAUGAUCUCAUUAGUAGUUUGAUAGUUUACUUGGUUCAGCUGCACAGUUUGGUCAGCUAUGGGAGAUGCUUGGGCAACAACUCAUUCUGAAAAUUGAUAAAUAAGGGCAAAAAAUACACAUUUUGGUUUUUCCAUGUGAACCAUGUUUCAGGGCCACCAGAAGCUUCUCAAAUGAAAGUUUUUUUUAAUUUAAAAGAUCUAACAAGUAAUUAAAUACAGAAAUUUUGAUAGGAUUAGAAAAAUCACUAUUUUCUAGUUCCUGAAUGGAACAAUGGGUCCACAAAAUGAUCUUCAACCAGUAUUAAAACUAUUAGGUAAAAUAUUUUCUAGUGAAAACUUUAUACUAGAUUUGUCAAGCUCUGAGCCCUUUGAUAAGUGGGAGUAUCAGACAAUGUCCAUCUCCUGUUAUAAUGCAAUAGGAAGUACACAUCAUUACCUAUGAAGCCUUAUUGUCAAAGUAAUGGACUGAAGGAACCAAACCUCUACAUCAAAUUCUUUAAAACCAAGAAUUUGGGGAGUAGAUGAACAGAGUAAGUAAGUGGCACCAUAAGGAGUCAGACAAAUAGAUCCAGAAUAUGUAAGUUUUACAAAACAAUUGACCUGAUUCUUUCUAAUGAGUGGCAUGAAAAAAAGAAGGGAAACUUAACAAAAGAGACUUCAGAGGCAUCAACUAAAUUCUGUGUGUGGGCAUUAGUUGGACCUAGUUUGAAGAAAAUAUGAAAGGACAUUUUGGAGACAGUGGGAGAAAUGUGGAUAUGCAGUGAGUAUUAGAUGUUUAGAAAUAUUAAUUUUGUUAGGGAUGAUAACAUGGUUAUUAAAAAAAUAAAACUUACAUGCUACAGAUACAUACCUAUUAUGAAAUGAUAAAAUAUCCAGAUUUGCACUAAAAUACUCCAGCAAAAUAAAAAGAAUUGGCAAAGAGAGCUGGACAGUAGACUGGCAAAAUGUUGAUAAUUACUGAAGUGGAGUGGUUUGUUGAAGGGAUUCAGUGUUCUAAUUUUUUACUUUUUUAUGUUUGAAAGGUUCAAUAAAAAAUUUUAAAAUAAAAAAUUAUAGACUACUUAGAAAUGAUUGUUAAUGCCUGCGUAUUUAAACUUCACAGUUGUCACCAAAGUUCUCUUCAGCAAGAAAUUAAUGCCCUUUAAUGCAUUAAGGAACCUGUGGGCCCAGGUUCAUCUUCACUUACCCACAGCAGUCAGUGCAAGGACUAAUCACAUAGGUAAAUGUGUUAAAGGAAUUAGUAAGCAUUUAUAUCAAGAAAUGGAACAAAAUAAAACCAACACUGGUAAAGAGAAGCAAAGUACAGUUAAAAGUGGAAAUUAAGAGACUGGACAAUAAUAGACUUAACUCAGUGUUAAUAAUGACUAGAUUUUGGCAGGUCUAAAUAGGAAAAGAAAAUGAAUACAUUUAGGGCAUUAAUGAUAAAGGUGACAUAACUAGAUUAGCAAGGAAAUUUUGUUUUAAUUAUAGGGUAAUACUAAAUGUAUUCCAGUACAUGUAAAAAUAUAGAGGUAUUACUUUUUUCUGUAAGAGUAUAUUAUCAUGAGUGACUGCUGUAAAGCCCAAAUAGGCCAAAAAACUAUGAUGUGUGUGUAUGAACUCCUUGUUGAAGAAAAAAAAUAUAAUUGUACAGGUGAAAGCCUUAAGGAAUAGAUAAUCCUUAACAAGAUCUUACCAAUUAAUUCUGCACAGCUGAAAUAAUCCUGAUACUAAACUAGAUGAAGAUAAUUCCUAUAAAGCAAAAUCUAGUCCAGCUUCAUUUAUGAAUAUUUUAUUCUUCAUAAUUCUAAAUAAGGUAUUUAAAAUGUAGGACAAAAUCAGUCUUUACUCAUAGGUCAGUGUGUUGGCCUUUCCCAAGUACCAGAUCCCUCCGGAAGACCUGUGUUAUAGCAUAAGGCCUUCACCCAACAUUCUCAACAAGUUUGUUUUCAGGGAAUUGUCCUCGAUAAUAUUUGAAAAUAGGAUUUCUUGGGAAAAUGUGUAAAUGAGGCAAAGCAUAAAAAAUCUACUUUGGGAAAAUCCAAGUACACAUUAUGAGCCUGUCAAAAGAUACAAAGAUAUUUUUAUUUAACACAUUGUGUCUCAAGUUUACUUCAUUAUGGAAUUCUCACUCCCAAUAUCUUUUAACACCUUUAGAAAGUGAGCCACUUUGGUAGAUGCUACCAUAACCACAAUGAAUGUCUGCAAAGAUGUCAUUUCAGAAGUUAUGGUGAGUGAUUGUGUUGGGAGGGGGUGAGGCAGGGCAAUUUUCUUUCCAGCUCCCAUAUUCUAAAAACUACCUGCCUGAAUGGAGAGCUAAUGCUUUUCCAUAGACUGCAAAAAUUCCAGCCUGGUCUUUGAUAUGUAUAUAUUAAACAUGCUUAAAUAGUCUAUUAAAUAGUGAUUAGGACAUAAAUGAUUUUUUCAUUAUAAUAAAAACGCUAUAUUGAAUACCA